AAACGAGUGUGUGCUCACAUGAGAAGAGGAGGUGUAGGAGGAGAGAGUCUUGAGUGUAUGUAGGCAUGCAAGUGAGAAUCAAGAGAAGGGGUGACACGAAAAGAGGAAACAGAAGUCAGGUGCUUUUUCUUAGCACUGAUACACUCCCCACCAACACACUCACACACUGAGGGAACUGCUCCCACAACCUCUACUGUAGCAGUGAACUGAUACACACUCUGCAUGUGUGUGUGUGUGCUUCCUGCGCUGGCAGCGACAGAGGGGGAUCUCUGAGGAUACACGGAUGAGAAAGAGGUGUGGGGGAGCGCAAGGAAGAGGAGCCCGAGUGUGUUUCGCCCCGGGGGGAGCUCACACACACGCCACAGACUGCACACACACUCCAGCGGGCUCUCAGCACUGUUUCCCUGACAACUAGAAUGGGCUGCAAUUUGUGCACCUUGCAGAAACGGGAGGAACACUACAAACUGCUGUAUGAGAUUGCACAGGUGAAUGCACGAGACUUCUCCAAGGUCGACCAUGACGAAGCAGUGGUGGAGGCCAUCAGGCGAGACCCCAUCGUUGUCCAAGUUCUCCGGCGGACUCCGACAAGAGCCGCGGCCGCUGUUGCACACAACCACAAUGGAACCCCAGAAGAUGUGUGUGUGGUGGAUGUUUGCACGCAGACGGACAUCACUUUCGAGCACAUCAUGGCACUGGCAAAGCUCCGGCCUGCAACUCCGCCUGUUCCUGAUAUCUGUCCCUUCCUUUUGUCUGACAGCUGUCAUUCCAUCCACACCAUGGAACAUGAGUUCUAUGAAUGUCCAGAGUACCUGUCCAAUACCCCAGCAGAGGUCGAGAGGACUGAAGAGUAUGAAUAUGAGGAAGUGGAGCUGUGCAGGCAGAACAGCCAGGAGAAGCUUGGCUUGACGCUGUGCUACAGAACAGAUGAUGAGGAGGACACCGGUAUUUAUGUCAGCCAGGUUGAGCCAAACAGCAUCGCAGCGAGAGACGGACGCAUCAAAGAAGGAGAUCGUAUUCUACAGAUAAAUGGCUGCGAAGUGCAAGACAGAGAGAAAGCCGUUGCCUUGCUGUCAAGUGAAGACGCAAGGAGCAUCAUACUUCUGGUGACAAGACCAGAAAUUCAGCUGGAGGAGGAGGUAUGGCUGGAUGACGAGCAGCAGCAGCUUGUGGAAGAGCUGAAGAUGGAGAUCCUGGAGGAGAGGAGGAGGCAGAAGGAGCAUAACUAUGACAGGGGAGACGAGAUCGAAGAAGAAACAACAGACACUGCUACCUGUUCUUCCAACAAUCAGGACAAAGACAGUGGGUUUGGACGCAGUACAGACAGUCCAGAGCACCAACCUCUUCUAGCUAGAAUUCAAAGGAGGAGCCCAGCCCACUGCCUGAGGGAACGAUGGCGGGCAGAGCAUCCACACACAAGACGAGGACCUGCAGUGUCACCGGACACCCAGGGUCUGAGGUCCAAAGGUCAAGGCCAUGAUGGGGUACUCAGUAUUCGCAAUGGUGGAGGUGUUCUAGGGUUAGAAAAUCGCUUCCAACAACUCCUGGAGCUCAAGUGUCAAAUCCGUAAUGGAGGCGAGUGUGGGGUGUACUCAAUCAGACACAGUAUAGAGUGUAGUCUCACAGAGCAAGCAGGAGUGGAUCCAGAAGACAUAGAUGUUUUAGAAGAUGGAAAAGGAAUGGAGCAGGAGUUGAGGAUGCUUAAUGAAGAACUGCGUAGCAUUGAGCUUGAGUGCCAGAGCAUCAUGCAGGCACAUCAGCUCCGUCAGACCCACCAGCUGGAUCCUUCACAAUCUCCCUCCUCACCAGGACGGAGUCCAAAGGAUGGACACAUGCGGCAUGGCAGGUUAGCAGAUAUCCAUGAAUACCCAGAGAGGUCGGACAGCGAUAAGAUCCGAGAGAAGGACAGCUCGAGUGCCUAUAACACUGCUGAAAGUGCACGGUCGACACCGCUUGGUAUGGAGAGAUCUCCUGAUCAUUCUCUGCAGAGACAUAUCAGCGUCACCAACCAGAAAAACCUCAGAUUGGCUUCUUCCACACCUUCCAGCCCCAUCCCUAUUCCCAAGCCCCAGGCUACACCGAGUCGUGGCAGACCAGCAGACCCAGGCCCUGUUAUCUCAAGUAGCCCAGACCAGAGCAACCCUUCCAGGUCUGAGUCGGACCCUGCCCUUCCUGCAGAUGAUGAGCAAUGUGAGAAGAAAGGUCGGACCAGAGAUUCCAGGAGGGGGCUUCCCUAUGGCUCUCCCUAUCAGACAACCCCCUACGCAGGCCAGGGAGGAUCCAGGCAACUUCAGAGCUACAUGCAGCUUUUACAACAACACUCGUCCCUAGAGUAUUCCCAGAGCCAGCUGAGUCUACUCAGUGUCUGCAGAGAUCCAGUGCACCGAGGAGGGCGCCCUGGGGAGCCUCGACUGGAGUGGAAGGUCAAAGUUCGAGCUGACGGCACACGCUAUGUGGCCCGGAGGCCGGCUCGUGACCGAAUCCUAAGGGAACGGGCGCUUAGGAUCCGAGAGGAGAGGAGCGGAGGCAUGACCACAGAUGAUGAUGCAAUGAGUGAGAUGAAGAUGGGUCGCUACUGGAGCAAAGAGGAGAGGAAACAGCACUUGGCACGGGCCAGGGAGCAAAGGAAGAGGAGGGAGUUCAUGCAAAAGAGUCGCCUUGAGUGUCUAAAGGAGGGGCCAGCCAGUGGAGCUGAGGGCAAGAAAGAGAUCAAUAUCUUGGAGCUCAGUCACAAGAAGAUGAUGAAGAAGAGAAACAAAAAGAUCCUGGACAACUGGAUGACGAUUCAAGAGCUGAUGAGUCAUGGAGCGAGAGUCCCAGAGGGCUCCAAAGUACAUAACGCCUUCCUAUCCGUCACAACUGUGUAGGGGACACAUAAAGUACUGCAGACUUUAAAGUACUGAACACGUUUAUCAUCAGGCAGCCUGCGUUAAAGGAACAACUGUUUUAUGUACAAAAAAAGGGUCUGGACUUUCGUAGCAUCCUUGUGGCAACUUUGUAACUAUCACUUUAAGAAUGUUUUAACAGGUCUUUCACUCUUUCCUGACAGAACCUUAGCCAUUGAAGACAUGACUUUCCACUGUUUUUACACUGGCUUUUUGCUAAUGCACUGGCUUCUGAAAGCAGUUGGCUUUUGUAGCAUUUUGGUUCGCACUGAAACACAAAAAAGGUGAUGAACUGAAAAUUUAAUUUCAUGUAUACAAUGCACAACUGCUGCUGUGUAGCACCAUUACCAGCUUCAUCAGGAACCUUUUGUAUACAUUGUAUUGUGUCUCUCUAUACUCUCCAAUCUUUUGUUUCAUUGCAUAUGAAGCGACGUCACUUGCCUUGUUCAAGGUGGCAUUUUUUUUAUAUAAAAGGAAAUACAAUAUUUUUCACACUUUGUAAACUAAGUGACUUUUUGUAAAGGAAGUUUUACACUGAAUGUCAAUGUACUGUAAGCCUUUUAUUGCAAUUUCUUAUUUAUGUUUGUAUCACCAAGGUCAAAGUUGACACUAUUUGAUUGUACUGUGGCCUGCAUUGUAUACCACUACAAUGCAAAGAGCAAUGAGAAACUGUGGCAUUUGUGAAGGACAACAACUCAAUCAAAACACUGUUGAGUCACCCAAGAAAUUAUUAAGUACUGGAAAUAUAUUCAUGCUAUUCAAAAUAUCAUUUUUUCCAUGAGCUGGGAGGGCUGUUUGGAAACAGUUUUACCUCAACUAACAAUCUCAAACUUAAAAACUCUGCAAGAGGUGAGAGACUGUACCUGGUUAUUUCAAACACUGACUCCAGUAGCCAUUGGGUCAACCCAAACCCAAACCAUGAAUGUGUGAAUUAUGUUUAAAAUGUUAAAUAAAUUCAUAUUUAUAUUGUUUAAUGUUAUUUAUAUUUAUUGUAAAUUAAUUUGUAACUCUUUAUUUUUGUCCAUCCGAUAAAUGUUCCGUAUUAAGUGGCUAACCUUGAAAGGCCAACACAAGCCGCUGUCGAACAAUGUAUCAUACUGCAGCCUUUUAACUCAGACCUGCUGCUUUUCUCUGUAAAGUUCAUUGAAGAGGCCUUGAGUUCAGUAUUUGUUAAUGGUGAUGUUUGUAAUAAAACAAUAAUAAAAAAUA